GUUUUCACCAGAGUUUCAUGCAUCUUAUCUAAAACACGACACGCAUAGAUUUAGUUUACAAGGAAUCAAGAAUGAUGAAGGCUUCAAGGAUCCAAACCAUGGCUCAGAGGAUCCAGAUGGACUGUCCCUGGUGUGGUUCAGUCUGGCUGUGCAAGAAAAUGAGAUCCAAUCAGCUGAGCAGACGCUCCUGAAGAAGACCAACAUGCAUGCAGAGCCGGGCUUCCUGAAGAAGCUUGCCUCCUCUCCAGCGUUCAGUGAGAAGUCCAGGUAUGGAUCGUAUCGCUUCACCUUCAUGGUGCAGGAGGUGCUGAAGGCCUAUAGCCUUCAAAGACUCGUAUCCUGAGGUGUCUGAUCACCCAGAUGCCGUCUGUGCUUACAGAGAUGGACACUUCAUCUGGAGGCCACAGGCCAUGUGUGAGACACACAGGUACGAGCUGACUGUAAAUGGCAAUGGGGUGAAAGCUGAGAAGGCGACUGAGCCACAUCAGUGGUAUGUUUGGGACCACAUCACCAUCGCCCUGCUCGUAGAGGACGGAAAG